UAGCCAUAAUAGUGGCCCUCUCCUAUCUCUACGAUCGCUGGCAUCGCCGCCGCAGUCGUAACAUGGUUUCCUUGGCCAACAAUCCUUCUCAUACCGGUCUAGAUCCCGCCGUCGUGAAAACUCUCCCUGUUUUCACUUUCUCCGACGCGACGCACAAGGAUCCGACUGAAUGCGCCGUUUGUCUUUCUGAGUUCGAAGAGGGAGAGUCGGGUCGGGUUUUGCCCGGGUGUAAACACGCGUUUCAUGUUGAGUGUAUUGAUAUGUGGUUUCAUUCUCAUUCAACUUGUCCUCUCUGCCGCUCUCUCGUCGAGCCUCCUGCAACCACGACAGUGGAGGAGCAAGUCACGAUCAUCACGAUUGAUAAUUUAGGGAGAGAACCAGCUGCUAUUGAGACCCCUAGGAGGAGUUUCAGCGAGUUCGAAGACGAUUUGACACGGGACUUAUCGUUUACUCGGAUGUCAAGCUGUCAAAUAGUGAUGACCGAAUCGGAUAUCGAGCUGGGAGAGAAGAGAUAAAGUGAUUUCCAUCCACGUGGAUGUUCUUAGUGGUGUUGAUCAUUGAUAUUAACAUCAAGUAUAACCAUGAUUUAGAGCUUUUUGUUUUUGUUUUGGAUAACACGAGAUGCACUGAUGUAUAGCACUUUUAUUGCUAAGAAAUCUAAUUAAAUAUAUUAACAGUUCACUGAUCAACGGGUUUUGCAUUCACGGUCGCUUAGAUGAAGCUAUGAGAAUGUUUUAUUUGAUGGAGACUUACCAAAUAUAGUGACUUAUACUACUUUAAUACAUGGAUUUUGCAAGUCCAAGAGGGUAGAUGACGGUGUGAGACUCUUUAACGAGAUGUCCCAGAAAGGAUUGGCUGCCAACACAGUCACUUACACCGUUUUAUCCAGGGUUAUUUUCUAGUGGGCAAACCAAAUGUUGCACAAGAAGUGUUCAACCAGAUGGGUUUUUCUCACAAUGCGCCUCCUGAUAUUAGGACCUACAACGUUCUGGUAGAUGGUCUGUGUUAUAACGGGAAAGUAGAGAAAGCUCUGAUGAUAUUUGAGUACAUGCAGAAGAGAGAAAUGGAUGUCAGUAUUGUUACUGUUGCCAAUAGAGAGCAUUACAACCAAGAGACGAAGCUAAAGACGGUGAUGACGUGUUCUCAUCACCUUGCACGUGACUCACAUGAGAUGUAAUUCACAAUCCCUUGUUUUAAGACUUCUCCUUCAGCUAGCAUGUUUACUAUACUUAGCUUAAGUCUCGUGACUUCUUUCUUCAUGUUGAAUCAAUCUCCAACAGUUACGUAUACUAUUGUGAUUCAGGGGAUGUGUAAGGUUGGUAAGGUGGAAGAUGAUUUUGAUUUGUUUUGUAGCCUUUUCUCCAAGGGAAUGAAGCCUAAUGUUGUAACGUACACUACAAUGAUAACGGGAUUUUGUAGGCGGGGACUAAUCCAUGAAGCUGAUGCGUUGUUUA